AUGUAUGAAACCCGUCAAGACCUGGCUGUACCUACCAAACACGUCGAAGUUCUCAUUAUCGGUGGGGGCCCAGCAGGAAGUUAUGCAGCGUCCGUUCUUAGCCGCGAAGGAAUCGAUGUCGCAGUCUUGGAGUCGACGAAGUUUCCUAGGUGCGAAAGCCUCAUACCAUCCGUCCGGCCAUACCUUCGAUUUAUUGGCGCGGAGGAAAAGAUAGUUCAACACGGGUUCACGAAAAAGCCCGGUUCUGCUAUCAAGUUCAACCAAUUCAAGAGAGAAGGCUACACCGAUUUUGUUGCAUUGGGCGCUGAUAAUAACGCAUGGAACGUGAUACGCUCUGAGUUCGACCAUUUACUACUCAAUCAUGCGCGGGAGUGUGGAGCCAAGGUUUAUGAAGAGACCAAGGUCACUAAUAUUGCGUUCGACCCAAUAGACCCCGAAAAGCCUGUCUCGGUCUCCUGGACGCGUACCUGUACCGCUCAAUCUCCUAAUGCUUCUCAGAACGGCACUACCAAGGCUGUUCAUGGAUCCACCACAUUUACGCACCUGAUCGAUGCUUCUGGUCGCGCUGGCUUGCUAUCUACUAGAUAUCUCAAGAAUCGACAUUUCAACGCAUCGUUGAAAAAUAUCGCCGUUUGGGGUUAUUGGCACAAUCGUUCCGAUGAAGAACCUGAUAACGAGCACGAUAAAGAAGACCACAAGCCUAGGGUCGGCAUGUACGGUAAAGGCACUUCGAGAGAAGGGGCACCAUGGUUCGAAGCUCUGACAGACGAAUCUGGCUGGGCAUGGUUCAUCCCCCUACACAACGACAAGACCUCUGUGGGAAUUGUCAUGAACCAAGAACAAUAUAACAAAUCACGUCCUUCGUCUUCCGACGCUCAAUACGAAUGUUCUCUCGUCGGCCGUUAUUUAGCGAACCUGCGCUUGGCUCCGGGAGUGGCACGUUUGCUUUGCGGGAAGGACGUCGUGCAUAAUGGGUCAGAUUCGGAACACGAAAUACAAAUUCCUAUCGAGGAAGAGAUUUUACACCAGCAGGCGAAGCUGGAACCCGGAAGUGUCCGCAGCGCCAGCGACUUUAGUUAUUCCGCUCCGAGUUAUGCGGGAAAUGGAUUCCGGAUUGUAGGAGAUGCGGGAGCUUUCAUCGACCCAUUCUUUUCGUCUGGUAUCCAUCUUGCUUUCACCGGUGCACUUUCCGCUGCCGCGACGAUCUGUGCUUCUCGUCGAAGAAAUUGUACCGAGGUUGAGGCGGCAAUGUGGCAUACGAAGAGGGUGGCAGUGAGUUAUACGCGAUUCCAAGUCGUUGUACUGAGCGCCUACAAACAGAUGCGUGCACAGAGCAUUGACGUUCUAUCAGACGUCGAUGAGGACAAUUUUGAUAGGGCUUUCACUUAUUUGAGACCUGGCAAGUGUUUCUUAGUCAUCCAGGGAGCAUCAGAUAUGGGUUCCCGUUUGUCUGAAUCCGAACUCCAACGAUCGCUCGAUUUCUGUAUCAAUCUCUUCAACCCGACCAGCCCGGAGGAGCAUAAGGCAGUAGAAGGUCGAUUGGCGGGCUUAGGGAGAUAUAGGGAGUUAAUGGACGUUGCGAAGCCAUUGGUAGACCCAAAGUCAUUUGAAGACGUACUGAAGGUGACACCGACCGAAUGCUCAGCAAGAUCCACGGGAUGCAAAGAAACAGAGGCAAAUACGUAUUCAGAGUCCAAGCCGAGAAUGGUGCUGGACAAAAUCAAUGCUCGUCGCCUUGUACAUCCCGAAUACGCGAUUAAUAACCUAGAGGCGGAAGAGCUGCUAGGAUGUGCGAUCAGGCUGGAAAAAGGUCGUUUAGGGUUGGUGAAAGUUGCAUUGGUCCGAUGA